AUGCUAAAGAUUUCAGGCUUAACUGUGUGUAUAUCAAAUGGAAUACUCACUUUGUGCAUCCUCGGUUCACGGCACAAUCGAAAGCGAAGAGAAUUCCUGUUGAUCGUCUCUCAGGGUGUAGCUGACACCACUUAUGCCGUCGCUUUCAUGCUCAUCGCUGUUCAUCGUCUACGACUUGAGGCUGCAGCAAUGCUGAGUGCCACUUUUACACGAUGGGAAUGCGCCUUGCAUCCGGCGCUUUUCCUACACGACAUUGCCACUCCACUUCUUGGUUUAUUACCAAUGGCUAUGUCACUCAAUUUUCUCGUCUCUUCAGUGAUCCCGUUAUGGUACAUGACAGCACGGCACACCUACACAACUUCAUUGAUAGCAGUACCGUACUCGCUCACGGGUGUCCUGCUGUUAAUCAAUUACUGGUUGAUUUGGGGAGAUCAGUCCCCAACGACUGCACUCUGUAUCGCUUCGAAUGGAGCUGCUCAUCACAUCACUUAUGGCGUCAUGCUCGGCAUACGACUCCUCGCCAAUAUUGGCAGCGCUGCAGUCUACUUGGCUAUUGUCAUCUACCUGAGUAGGAGCCAUGGUCGAUCGCUUCAAAGCCUUUCCGCUUAUCAAAAGAAAAGUCAUAGGAAUGCGAAAAUAACCCUUGGUAUGGUCACAACUAACUCCAUGCUGCUACUUUUCAUCCCUGAUCUCCUCCUACUGGUGAAUCCAUUCAACAUCAAUCAGAAGUAUUCUACCAUUCUAUAUUCUAUGACACUCAGCAAGACUACCAUCAACUUCCUGAUCUACGUCACUCGUUACCGGGAGAUACGUGGGAUUCUAUUCCGAAGCCUUUUCGGAAGAAUUCCUAUAUUGAAAUACCGCUUCAGUGAUUUGAGUAAUGCCAAACAGCAGACGCGGGCAGGACAGUCACAAAUGGGAGCGGACACGAUGAACCCGAGAACAGGGCAACGGACGUCCAUCAACGGAUCGAAUUCCGAAUCAGUUCGAGCAGAACUGGGUAAAAGCAACAACCGCCUGCCUCCUCUUCGAAAUGUUCCAGCAAACAAAGUCGCCUGCCAGAAUAAUUUCUGA